UUAAAUAAUUUUAACACUCUUUUUAUGACACCCAUUUUUAAUCAAAUUUAUCCCAAAAUUAAUCACAAGAAAUAGUAUAAAUUAGCAAACAUUUACACUCAAAAUCAAUUUAGAUUACCACCGAAGUGUCACACACACUAGACGCUCCAAGUAAUAAAUUCUCUCACCUCUUUCACAUUCCCAUCAAAACCAUCAAUACCCACUUCAGAUUUCAUCAAAUCGCUCGAGUUUAGCAAUAACCCACAAAAAUUUAGCUUCCCAAAACCCGAUAAUUUGAGCCAUGUUGCUCCAAAAAUUACAGAUACUCUGUUUUCUGGGUAUUUUAGUUCAGUUGGGAAUUUCUCAAAAUUUAAGCAAAAAUUACAGCAGAGAUUAUAAUUACAUAACAUGGGAUGAUAUAAAGGUGGAUGAAUUCAGGGAUUCAGUGUCUAAAACUGAGAUUAAAGGGAAGAGAAAUUGGAAUGAUAGUGGGAUAAUAGUGGUUGAUCAAAGUGGAAAAACAGGGGAUUCGAUUACAGUUCAAGGUGCUGUUGAUAUGGUGCCUUUUGGAAAUUCUCAGAGAUUUAGGAUUCUUAUACUUCCUGGAAUUUACAGGGAGAGGGUAGUCGUACCAAGCUCGAAGCCAUACAUAUCCUUGAUUGGGACAGAAAAUGAGGGUUCUAAUACUGUAAUUACAUGGAACAAUAAAGCUUCUGAUAAGAACAGCAAUGGAGUUGAACUUGGAACUUUUGGUUCAGCUACAAUCACCAUAUACUCUGAUUACUUUUGUGCAUCUGAGAUUACUUUUGAGAAUACAGUAGUGGCAUUUCCAGGUGGGUUAGGGAUGCAAGCAGUGGCACUGAGAGUAUCAGCCGAAAGAGCCAUGUUUUACAAAGUUAAUAUACUUGGUGCUCAAGAUACCCUCUUGGAUGAAACUGGUUCACACUAUUUUUACCAAUGCCUCAUCCAAGGAUCAGUUGAUUUCAUUUUUGGCAAUGCAAGAUCAUUAUAUCAGAAUUCAGUUCUUCGUUCAAUAGCCAAUCGGUCAGGUGCAAUCGCAGCACAUCACAGGAACACACCUGAAGAAAAUACAGGGUUUUCGUUCCUAAACUGUACAAUCAAUGGAAGUGGGAUGAUCUACCUGGGGAGAGCAUGGGGGCCAUACUCAAGAACAAUAUAUUCAUACUGUAACAUUGAUGAUAUCAUAGCACCAGAAGGAUGGAGUGACUGGGGUGACCCACAAAGGCAAAAGACGGCAUUGUUUGGUGAAUUCCAGUGCAACGGGAAGGGAGCAAACACAACAGGGCGAGUGGCAUGGGCAAAGUCUUUCGCGAUUCAGGACGCCAGGCCGUUUCUCGAUAUGGAGUUCAUUGAUGGGAAUAAAUGGUUAAGACUAUAGCUAGCUUACAGAAUAUACAUAUAUAUAUAUAUAUAUACGUAGGACUAGUCUUUUCAACUGGUUAAAACUCCAUGUAAACAUGUAUAAUAAUUAAUACACAAAAUUCUUUUAGUUUAACACCAAAA